AUGGAGAAUCAGGAGGAUGAAAUCCCUGAAAUAAAAAAUAAAAGCGAGGCGUUUAAAUCAAAGAAGAAUGUUGAUAUUCGUCGACCUGUGCUGUGUGUAGGGUGGCAUGUGUUGGGCCAAUAAUGCUCGAGUAAUCUUUUCUCAUUUUCCCAGCAAGCUAAGUUACGUCUUAAUUAUCGGUUGAUCACGUGAUGAGAUAGCGAAAGCUUGGCAAAACUUUCCCCAGCAAAAGAAAAAGUUUGGGGCUCCUACUAUCCUGCAGACCUCCACGACACAUACAUCUACAAUUCGCCUCAUGAAUUUCGGAGGAUUUCCACUCGGGGGCAAAGGCCUCGGAGGCACCGGUGGCAGCGGUGAACCUCUCACACCAGAACAGCAGCAAAUGCAAAUGGUCAAAACAGUCAGUGUCCCCCCCACUAGCCCGUCUGAUAACCCCACCGCUAACUCCGACGGCAAACAGAUCCAAGCCGGUAUGGAAUCCUGCCCCGUCAAAACAGUAAUCUCGGGGGGGAUGGGAUUCGGCCUGGGCGCCGUAUUCGGCCUCUUUAUGGCCAGCGUAAUCCUCCCCCACCCUCGCCCCCCCACACACCCUCUAACGUACGGAACCAUAGAUGUCCUACGACACCCCCAUGACCGGGCUCCCCGGCGCCCCCGCCGCGGGCCUCCAAAGCCUCCCGCUGAAGGAACAGGUGAGGCGUGGCUUCAAGGACAUGGGCCAGCGCUCCUACUCCACCGGAAAGAACUUCGCCCUCGUCGGGAGCAUAUUUGCCGGCACGGAGUGCUGCAUCGAGGGAUUUCGCGCCAAGAACGACUUGUACAAUGGGGUUUCCGCCGGGUGCCUUACCGGCGGUGUUCUCGCGGCCAAGGCGGGGCCUCAGGCGGCGGCUGUUGGGUGUGCGGGGUUUGCGGCGUUUAGUGCUGCUAUUGACUAUUACUUGAGGCAUAUGGAUUAGGUUGGUUUGUUGCUUUGUUGGGGGAUGGAGGCGGAAGUGGUGGUGGUGGUGUUCUCAUCUCAGUUCUUUUUUUUUUCUCUUUUUUUCUUCUUUAGUUGGGGUUUAGUAUUUGUUUGCUUGCCUGCCUGCCUGGAUGGGGCUUUACGAGUGUGAGGUUCUUAAUUUCGGUGUAGAUAGUUGUGUGCGGGCGGGAAGGGAUAGAACGGGGUGGUUUGUAUGAUAUGGGUAAUAGAUUGGUCGUGGAUAUGCUCG